UCUCGCAGGCGUUCUGUCAAAGGGGACUCUCGCAAAGAGGAAGAAACCGCGAUUUAAUGACUCGGGCACGCACGUGACUGGAUUUGAUGACCACAGGCCUGGAUCGAGGUUAUUGUGACACUUUUACUGACAAUAUAUCCUGCCUUCCCUUGGGUGGGCGGAAUCGCAUUCGAUUUCCUGUGCUGGGGUUUUGACUUGGGAUGGCUGUAAGUAUCCAUCACGACCGUCAUUCGGGUUGCCUAGCGCUCCUAGCGCUACUUUGCCUCCGUCUGGAUUUUAGCCGCCAUGUUCGCAUAUUCCGUGACCCGGAUGUACGGAACGUUCUCGGACGCUACUAUAUUGCUAUCAACUUACAGCUGGCUCGUAGGAAGUUGACUGGCGGGAACCGAGAAUGCUUUGAUAAUCAAAGAAGUGAGGGGCGGGCAGGACGGGAAAGAGGAGGAGCCUCAGGCGAAUUCGGCGGUUUCGGCAGUCUCGGCGGUUUCGCUGGCUUCCCUGGGCCCCGGCACUCGGAGGUCACAUUCGUCGUCAAAGAGGUCAAAGCUGUCUGAUCCCGGACGAAAUUGCUGGAUCCCGUCCCCAACACACUCUAGAAGAAGCCUCUUCAACUUUACGGCGAAGAACAAGGAGAACAACAUCCAGUAUUGAUGCAAAAGAUGGAUGUUGUUCUCCUAGUUUGCCAGUUUAGCCACACGGAGUUAGGGGCGACGUGGAGUAGAAUACGGAUUCGCCCAUUCCCCUUCCCUCCAAC